AUGUCUUCAGCGCAGCCCACAAGCUCACCUCUUCCCGCCUAUAAAACGGCUUUCCUAGAGUCCUGUCUGUCCGCCAAUGUUCUGAAAUUCGGGGUUUUCACACUGAAAUCUGGACGAAAAUCGCCUUACUUCUUCAAUGCGGGCCUGUUCCAUACCUCGUCGCUCCUUUCCGCCAUCUCGACUGCCUACGCCAACACCAUCAUUUCCUACCUCGCCUCCAACCCAUCUAUUCCAAAACCUGAUGUAAUCUUCGGUCCGGCUUACAAAGGAAUCCCCCUCGCGUGCGCAACGCUGCUUGAACUCCACCGCAUGGACCCCGAAACCUGGUCAUCUGUCUCAUAUAGCUACAAUCGGAAAGAAGCAAAGGACCAUGGCGAAGGUGGAAACAUCGUGGGGUCCCCGUUAAAGGGGAAAAACAUCCUUGUCAUAGACGAUGUGAUCACUGCCGGUACUGCGAUGCGCGAGACGUUAAAGCUAGUAGAUAAGGAAGGAGGGAAAGUAGUGGGUUUCGUAGUUGCGCUCGAUCGACAGGAGAAAAUGCCCGGGCCCAAAGACGCUGAAGACGAUUACGAGCCUAGGAUGAGCGCUAUGGGUCAGAUUAGACAAGAAUUUGGUGUCCCGACUGCGAGUAUUGUCACGCUGCAAGACCUUAUUACAUUAGUGGGAUCCCAAGGGAACAAGGACGAUAUGGAUAAGUUGGAGGAAUACAGAAGCCGCUACCGGGCUAGUGACUAA